AUCGCAAAGUCAAUUCGUGUAGAUGCCAGGCAACUUCAAGGGGUUGACCUGGGUAGGUUUUUAUUGGUUUAUGUUUCUUAUCAGAGAAGAAACAUCUGAUAGGCCUCUUAUGGGAAACUACAGUUCAGCAUCAAAAGAGGAUAGUGUUGACCGCGAUGAAGCGGCUCCUUAUCGGAAACUACAGGAUUAUUUGAAUCAUGUUGCAGCUAAAGCCAAGUCUCAUGACAAAUACAGCAUUAGUUUUGCCUCGUCGAAAGAUAAGGGUAAAAUACAAAUAUUGGCUCAUGGUUUGAACAAGUUUUCUUUAAAUGGUCUAAAAAGGGCCACAGGAAAUUUCAAGUAUAACGUGAGGUCGAGGCUAGGUGGAGGAGAAUUUGGGGAGGUUUUUGAAGGAGAAUUUGGGACAAAGCAGUACGCAUCUUCCUGGUUUGCUUUUGAUGGUAUAUCAAGGAUUGCCAUCAAGAGGUUUCGUCACUACAAGAUUCAGCAUCGCCUGAAAGAGAAUGACGUUAUAGAGUUUGUUGAUUUGACAUUCUUAAGCAAAUUUAAUCAUCCGAACCUUGUUAAGGUUCUAGGCUACUGCUUUGAAGACGAAACACUGUUCCUUAUCUAUGAAUUCAUGGAGAAUGGAAGCUUAGAUUCUCACCUGUUCACAACAGGCAAGAUACCACUUCCAUGGAAGACAAGAGUUAAAAUAGCACUAGGAAUAGCGGAAGGCCUUUUGUUCUUGCACACUACAGAAAAUAAGGUUGAUGAUUUCUCCAUUAAGAUACACCAGAUAUUGCUGGACAAGAACUUCAACGCAAAGAUUUCUGAUUUUGAAUCUGCAAAAAUAGUAUAUGGAGGUUCAUUCAAGGAGAUUGAACACUGGAAUAACUCUGAAUACGAGGGCAUCAUCCAUUCUUUUGGAGUAUUAUUGAUUCAAAUAAUAACUGGUGAACGUAUUAGUAACAUUGAUAUUGCGAAUCUACGACAAAAUAUGUGGAAUCCGAAUGGAGAAAUUAGGAAAGGGAGUUUGAGGAGAGUACUGGAUCCGCGCCUGCCCAACAAAGAUGAUACUACAAUUAUGGAGGCAAUGAAGUUAGCACUCGACUGUGUUUCUAUUCCUUAUUUUCCUCUGAAGAAAGCAGCGGAUGUGUUGACACAAAUUUAUACUCAUAUCAUAAAAAGUGAUGUGUAUAAGUAGCCAAGUGAGCCAUCCUCAGAAUUUUGUGUUUAGCAGGGUAGGGUUUGCUAUUCAGAAGGGGGUAGCGGCACAGCUUGUUGCUCGUCUACCUGUCAUUAGUCAGAAUUAUUGGAUCCAAAGAAAUCUUAGUUUAGUUAAAUGGUGAUGAAUGAUUGUGUGUGAAGUACUGAAGUUCCCAAAUAUGAGAAACUGUUUGGAUGCAGAAAACAAUUGUGUGUGCAGAAAGAUUUUAUAUAUUGUGAAAAUAAGCUUAGAGCAAAUA